CCAACGUCGUAACAGCGCCAAAUUUCUACCUGCGCAUUCCCCGACUAGGCCGCCGGCGCACUUGAAGAUCUUGGAAAUCAGAAGAAGCACGCUGGCCGCUGCUCUGGAGUGAAUCCGUGAAAGACUUCGGAGGACGGCGAAUGAGUUAAGGACUGAGCGUCGACCUCCAUCACCUCCGCUACCAAGCGCCAGCGCAAGGCCCGCCACCGGACUCCGGGUCUACAUUUUCUCAGGACCGGGUCUACAUUUUCUCAAGACCGGCACUGCCACGAGCCCCCUACCGGUUUGGCCAGCCGCCCUGCCCCUUCUUGGGUUCUCAGUCCAGGUAUCCAAGUUUCCAACAACCCCAACAGGCAGCAGCCUGCUAGCCUCACUCCUUCACGGAGUUCACCCCUUCACCGGAAUCACUUCUUCAGCCUUCAGACUGUUAGUGAGCUUGAUUUGAGCUAAUGAGAUGGACAUGGCUAGCUUUUCUGAUGGAACAAGCGAAGAUGAGAAUUGUUUGGAUGAUCUAAUUGACGAUGAAAAUUUGAGUACAUAUACAUCUAGUGAUAUACCCAAAUUGCAGUUUAGGAAAGACAUCUCUAAAGCAAAGUGGAUUGAUAAAGUAGGGAUGGGUGAGAUUAUUGAGAGAAAGGGCCGUCUCUGGACAACCACAGGGAUAGUUCGCAAUGCAAAACUCUACAGUUCCGUUGAAGAGAGUUUAUAUCUAAUUGAAAUUGGUGCUUUGAAUCUCCUCAACCACAAUGAUGAAUGCAUAUCUCUCAAGGACAUGUAUAACAUGGUUACAAAUGCAAAGAAUGGAUGUUCUUGGGAAGCUUUUGAAGCUUACAGACACUUGAAGUGCCUUGGAUACAUUCUUAGGCGCCAUGGUGUUCCUUGGACUGUGAAGAGACCUAAAGUGAGCCCUGAUACCAACCACGACACAACAGAAGUUGAUUGCACAUCAAAUACAGAACUAGAAGACAGUCAUAUCAUCUCUGAAGUGUUCACCAAUAUGGGCAUUGGUGAGCUGAAACCAGUAUUUGAUGUUUACCCUCCUAAUGCGAAAUUCAGAAAAUCUUUCCCGGGUGAUCCCUGCUUUGUACUAUGUUUUACCAGAGGAUCCACACCAUCCCAACAAGAGAUCGAAAAUCUCGAGAGACGCUGCCAUGGCAUUCCUUUAAAAAUAUGUGACGUUGAGCAUGGGCGUGUCAGUUUCUUCUCCUUUGACAGAGUGGAGCUUCCUGCACUUCCUUGACAUGUUUGCUGUAAUUGUGGAGGUAUGUGUUUUGGGAUGAAAGCACCGAUGAGCAUGGAGAGUAUUUACUCUCCAAAGCUACUAUCUUCUUGAAUAUCAAAGCUACCAUCAGUAAAAGGCAACCAUGUACACUACGAGUCCUCACACAGCAAGGAUGCGAGAAGGGACUCAUCACCAGUAGGGUGUUCUUUCCGAGACCGGGCCAGUCCAGACCCCAAAAUCUUGAAUCACAGAAUGGACUGCAGAAUACCUAGUCCUGAUCUGCUGGACAGGACGGGGUUGAAUAAACCUUGACCAUUAUUAAGUUUAUGGACAAAAACAUGAUAAAAGUUACUGUGUGUAUAGUGUAUACUGUUAGGAAAAGUAAAAAAAUACAAAAAAAAACGUUAGAAUUACUAUAAUGCAAAAUUUAACAUGUUCAUGUUGUAAAAUUACUAUUAUAGAUAUUAAAAUAGGCACUCAUGUUUUUAUCCAUUACUUGUAUUUUAAUAACAUAUUCAAUUAUUACAAUAUCCUGAAGUACUAAAA